CGCAGUUGUGCGCGAGAAGCCGAAUUGAUGAGACGCGAGUGUAAUUUGUGCUGGCUGAGCUGCUUUAAUGAAAUUUCUGUCAGUAGUGGUUUAAUUUUUAAAUUUAUUAAAAUUGCAUAAGUGUAAAGCUAUUCCCAAGGACGCUCAUUUAGUGCCUAAAGCACUCAGACGAAUUGAAUUUGAUUCGUAUAUGUAAUAGGAGUAUACGUAUGUACGUAUGUACACACCAAUGUUCAUGCCCCUCACGUAAUCACAUAUUUGCAUAGACUGAACAUUCCAGACAACGCUCUCUCGCAGGAGAGAAAAGAGAUAAAAAACCACAACUACAAACCAGGGAUAUCAACAGCAUCAUCCGCCUGCUCCAAGUGCGCGCGGGGCUAAAUUACAGACACAUACCUACACACCAGACACAUUCAGGAUGGGGCGGCUGUCACAAACGCUCGCCAUCCUGCUGCUGGUGGCCGCUUUAGGCUCCAUAACUGCAGAGAUAAACUCACCGCCUCGUAUUAUCAAACAACCGCCAACAGAUGAACUGCUCUUCAAAGUCGCAGUACAAAGUAAGGAAAGUGAUAAACCAUUCAUCAUCGAGUGUGAAGCUGAAGGAAAACCAGAUCCAAGGUAAGCGCUCGUAUACUCCAAGUAAAAACCAAAAAACAAAAAAAAAAAAAAUCUUAAAAAAAAAAAGUGGGCUUAUGUAUAUGAAAAAUGUUUGUAAUUACAUUUCAAUUAACUGCAUAAAUAAAUAUUUUAGCCGGGCACCCAUUCGACUUGAUAUUUGCAAAGCAAAUAUUUUUCGAGCUCUUAAGUGAAACAAUGGAAACUAUUUAGUCGAAUUUCCGCAUAACUUACAAAGUGCUUCGAAGCAGCGGCGUUAGUUAGGUCAGUGGGUAGCUCACCGCUGGUGGUCGCCUAAUAGUUAAGGUGAGAGGCAGGGAGGGAGGUGAACUGUAGUGCGCCAAGAAUUGUCGAAUUAAAUAGCAAUUAGCACAGCAGGAAUUCAGAUGCUCGCAUUUUUCACGUAAGAAAGGCGGUGAAAUUAAAUAAAAGAGAUUAAAAACAGAAAAGUGAAAGGAAUUUCACGCGCCCGAAAACAAAUUCUUCAAAGAAACAUUGAAUGGCAUCGUAUACAAUUUUCACACAUCUUUUUUUAAUGCUUUUUUCAAUCUUUUCAUUUUUACUUUUAUUCUCCUUUUUUUUAAUACAUUGCUUGCGUUCCCGCUGUGGCAUGUGUAUUGAAGUAAAAACAAAAAAAAAUUGAUUAGUAACAAUGCUGGGCAUCGAGAUAAUAUGUUGUUGUGGCGACACGUUUUAUUUUUAGUUUAGAGGCUGAAAGCAUUUUCGCUUGGGGGAAAAAUAUGCCUCCUCUAAAAACUGAAGAAAUCAUCUAAAAUAAACUUAGUAUUAUUUAAAGCUAUGGCAGCUUUUGCCGUAUUUUAUUUACUUAACAAAUUGUAUUUGUUUAUUUUUUAUUCACUUGCAACAUGUGUUGUUAUUUUGCAGCAAAGAAGUCAAAAUGAUUUUGGGGAUUUUUGGAUGAACAAAACAAAAAAACAUCUGGAAGCAAAAUUUCAGAUUUGUAUAGUAGCUGGAAGUAAUAAAUGUGAACUGGAAUUGCUGUCAACAGAAGGAUGAUAGAUUUACCAGGUUUGGUCAUUAGCUAUGGCAAAAACAAAAUUGUGUUGGCAACUUCGGUUGUCACGUCACCGGGUACUCGACAGCCAAUUUCUGCGCGUUCGUUUCACACUCCGCCAAUCAAUCAGUCGUGGUUCAGACGGCAACGUUGAUUGUUGAUUUUUGAAGUGAAACUUCUUAGGCGACGAUGGACUAGCGAGAAUGAAGAGUCAAAUUUCAAGGCUAUGUAACGUUUUGGGCAUUUUCGUUCCGCGAGAGAUAAAAAAAAUAUAACGUAGAGGAAAAGGAGAGAGAGAGCUAUACUUUAUAUAUAUCUUAGAUACACUUUAGGCUAUUUUUCCUAAGUUUUUCCUUGUGGUUUCUAAUUUCUAGUGAGAAAUAACACUACCUACUUCUUUGCGCUUAUUUGUUGGUGCAAACUUGUAGGAAAUAUAUUUUUGGUGCCUACUUUUUGGCGUUAUAUUCCCUUGGUACUGUUUGGGGCGUUUUUUGACCCAAUUUUUUUGGCAUUUUGUUUUUGUGCCUACUUUUUGGCGUUUCCUGGCUCGGAUUUAUUGGUAUUGCCUUGCGGUAAUUUGUGCCGUUGUUGCGAUCCUGGAAUCGCUGCGUUUGUGCGGGUGAUAAACGCUCGGAGUAAUGCGCGUUGUUGCCACAGUUUGUGUCCGGCGUUUACCUACACCGGUCGAACCUUCUCCGUUUUUUGUAAAUUUUGUCUAUUUCUAUUCUCUGCAAAGUUGUGAAUUUAUUUAGCUACUAGCGGACUCGACAGACUUCGUUCUGUCAAAUAGAUUUUGAAUGUGGCAGUUUAUAUUUCGACCUUAAGACGCUUUUACUCUGCUGACCCUCACACACCGCCCUAUCAUCAUAGUGACGGUUCUGUUCAGGAGAAUUAAAGAAAAGGGUCAGCUCGGCUGACCUAAGUAUCUUCGCUUCCACGAACUUUGCCCACCCUUUUUUAUUUUGUUUAUUUUUUUUCUGUAUUUUUUAUUUUUUUAUUUUUACUUUUUAUUUUUUUAUAUGUAAUAUUUAUUUAUAUUUUUAUUUUAUUAUUAUAUUUAAUUUUUAUGUGUUUUAUUUUUUGAUAAGUAUAUAUCUUUUUUUCUAUUCAUUUUUUCUUAUUUUAUUUUUUUCGUUCAGUUCGUAAUGUAUGUUUUUAUUUAUUUGUUUUAUUAGAGGUUCUUUUAUAUUAAAUUUUUAUUUCGUAUUUUUUUUUUGGUUUUUGUUUAUGUUUUUGU